AUGUCUGCCGUCGACGCCAAGAAGACUGUUAUCCCAUCUGUCCAAACAUUUGGUAAGAAGAAGAACGCAACCGCCGUUGCCCACGUCAAACAAGGCAAAGGUUUGAUCAAGGUCAACGGUUGCCCAAUCACCCUUGUUGAACCAGAAAUCCUCAGACACAAAGUUUACGAGCCAUUGUUAUUGGUCGGCUUGGACAAGUUUGCCGGCUUGGACAUCAGAAUCAAGGUCUCCGGUGGUGGUCACGUCUCCCAGGUCUACGCCAUCAGACAAGCUCUUGCCAAGGGUUUGAUUGCCUACACCGCCAAGUACGUCGACGAGGCCUCCAAGAACGAGUUGAAGAAGGUCUUCGCCGCCUACGACAGAACCUUGUUGAUUGCCGACGCCAGAAGAAUGGAACCAAAGAAGUUCGGUGGUCGUGGUGCAAGAGCCAGAUUCCAAAAAUCCUACCGUUAA